AUGAAAGGUUGUGAUAGAAAACCGAGACGAGUUGGAAGAGCGGUAACUACUACCCGCAAGCCUACCACCACUACCCGCAAGCCUACCACCACUACGCGCCAGCCUACGACCACUACGCCCGAGCCUGUCACCACUACGCCCGAGCCUGUCACCACUACGGCCGAGCCUGUCACCACUACGGCCGAGCCUGUCACCACUACGGCCGAGCCUGUCACCACUACGCCCGAGCCUGUCACCACUACGCCCGAGCCUGUCACCACUACGGCCGAGCCUGUUACUACUACAGCAAUGCCUGAGAGCGAGGCGACUACGGAAAUCUCGAGCCCUUCCCAGACGACGCCUGAAGCUAUCAACACCAAGCUGGAGAAUGACACUUCUCCUGAUGUGCAGCCGACAGAGGAGAAGAGCUCAGAUGAAGCCGCGUCGCCAGAGUCGAUGCCUGAUGAUAUGGUUGUCCAUGGCACUCCCGAAGGGGAAACGGAGAGCUCCGAGGCGACUAACACCGGGAGGGCUAACCUGUCGGGGACAAGCGAUUCUAACUUGGAGUCUGAUGGGGAGGAACUGAAUGCAGCUCGUCCAGUUGACUCUACAGCUGAUGAGAAGCCGACUGAUGCUGGCGCGGCUGGUGAGUCGUCUUCCUCGGAAGAAGUGGAAAAUCUCAAAAAGUCUGGCAAGAGUGGCCCAUUCGUGUUGAAGGGUGUCAAAAGACAUGUGACGAUAUCUCAAGAAGAGGAGUGGACCAAGGCCGGGCAUAGGAAGCGAAAAUCCGCCUAG